ACAGAUCAAAGAUGAAGCUCUUUGAAAUUAUAGUUUCAGUACUAGUUGGAGGCUUUGCUGUGACAUUUGCUUUGUCAUUAUUUGUUGAAGAACGUGCACUAAGCUUACAGGCCCUGAUAGUGCUGGUGCUAUUGUUAUUAGCAUUCGUUGCCAUUAAAUAUUGGAAUAGCAGUGGAACUACUAUCAAGUAUAAAAGGGUUCAACCUCCUUUGAAAAAUGAAAAACCUCUUAAUACAACAGACUUGAACAAGAUACUCACUCUGUUAGAAAAGUAUCAGUAUUCUGGGAAAUCGUAUUAUCGUUUGGGUCUCUCACUGGGUUUGUUGCAUCGUACACUCGAUAUCAUUAAAACUGACAAUAACAGCAGCGUUGAACAUUGCCUGAGAGAGGUUUUGACUAAAUGGUUGAAAAAAGCUGACAAUGUAGAGAAGCCAACUUGGAGUGCAUUGGUAGCAGCUCUUAGGAGCAUCAAUGAGAAUGCAGUCGCUGAAGAAAUUGAUAGAGAGACUGAUCCAGUAUCUAUGAUAAUUGAGAAUCAUCGUCAUGCUUUGUCCCAAUCAAUCCAAGAAAAUCUUACUGAUAUAGCUAGACUCUUAUCAUAUGAGUUGAAAGAUAAGAGCCUGGAAUCUUUACAUGGUUCUCCUUCAGAGAAAACAGAAGAUUUGCUUAAAACUGUAAAGAAUGCUGUUUAUGAGAAUUAUGAAAGUAUUUGCAAGUUUGCUGAUGUUUUAUGUAAGUUUCCUGCUGUGAGAUCAAUUGGGAAUGAUAUACAAAAAGAUUACAAUCCUAUUAAGGUUCCACUAAAUUUCAGUUUGGAAUGUAAAGAAAUGAGAACUAAAUGGGCCAUUGCAAUUGAUAGUGCCAUAAAGGCAAUAGCUGUUGAUGUGCAAGAAUUGAAAGGAUUUUUGCAAAUACUAACAAGUAACUCUGAUAUUAAGGAAAAAUUAAACGCAUGUCAAUCGAAGGGUGACGUUAUGCAGAUCAUAAUUGAUCACUGCUCAUUGGUGGACCUCACUUUACUUGAAGGAAUUAUUGACCGUUUUAAAAUUGAAGAAAGCGCUAAGGAACAUAUUACUGAGUAUAAAGAAACUGUAAAAGUUUUCUGCAGUGAUAUUUCCCUUCGUUCAUUGCUGAAUGAAACUAUUAGCUGUCCUUCUUCUCUCCAAUGUGAGACACUUCGUUUUUCAGUUGAUAAAAGUGUCGAUGAAAGAACAUUAAAAGAUGUUCAAGAUUUAACAAAAAUUGCUUUUGAAAGUAAUUCUUCAUGCAUCAGAGUUGUUGUCAUAAAGGAAGGAAACUCAUUUAUCAUCACUUGUUCCUUCCCUCUUGCUCUUUCUGAAUCAUUGAUUGCAACUGCUCUUAAAAAUCUUGAACAACUCAAAAAAGAAGGAUUGAUAAAAUUGACCAUUGGCUACAGUACAAUUUACUCUCAAGAUGAGGUGAAAGUGGUGGCUGUAGAAAAGUUUAAAAAUUUAAUUUUAAAAAUACUUUUACCAAUAACUUCUACUUGGAGUACAAAAAGAGAGAAGAGCCAGCACAUUACAUCAGUUUAUAACAGCAGUGGUACAAUGAAGCAAUUACUUGUAUCCCUAAAUGUACAAUUAAUAAAUUGCGAAGCAUCUUCUAAUGAAGAGAGAAAAGUGUUUCAAGAUUUAUUAGCAGAAAAGACAGCUUUAGUUAAAAAAGUAGAAAAUGAAGGUGAUAGUGGAAUACAAGAAUUAAAGUUAGUGAUAAAGGAAAAACAGGAUGAAAUUAAAGCUCUUCAGUUUUCAUUGAGAGAUGCUACAGCAAUUGCUGCUGAGGACAAAAAAGAGCUAAACAAAGUAAUCAAAGCACAAUUAAGAAUUAAUAGAACAAAGGAUCAAGAGAUAGAAGAUUUGAAAGUUGCUGCUGCAAAAAAAAUAGCAGAAGAAACAGCUUUAGUUUAAAAAAUAGAAAAUGAAAGUGCUACCAGAUUACAAGAAUUAAAGUUAAUGAUAGAGGAAAAACAGGUUGAAAUCAAAGCUCUUCAGUUUUCAUUGAGUAAUGCUACAGAGAGAGGGAAUAUUGCUGCUGAGGAAAACAAAGG